AUGUCUGUUAGUUCUAACUCUUUUGCACUGAAUAAUGCUGUGUUGCAGCGUGACGUCAUUAAUGAAAGCGGAAUCCAAAUCGCCUACCAGAAUGUGCGCGGACUGCGUACAAAAAUUGAUGAGCUAUUUCUGGCUACCCGUGACUGUAAUCUUGACAUUAUAAUUCUAACUGAAACUGGCUUGGACGAUCGGAUCAAUUCUAUUCAGCUUUUUGGAUCAUCAUUCAACGUGUUUCGUUGUGACCGCAGCUCCCAAAACAGUAACGAAUCUAGCUUUGGUGGAGUAUUAAUUGCGGUGGCACAUUGUCAUGCUUGCUCAUUGAUCGAGACGGUGAAUGGUAACUGUUUAGAGCAAGUAUGUGUUAGCACCACAAUAAGAGGAACGAAGCUGCUACUGUGCGGUGUAUAUAUUCCGCCUGACAGAAGUCACAAAGUUGACGUCAUCGAGAAGCACAUCGCUUCUGUGGGUGAGCUGUACGAUAAAAGAGGUGAUAACAGUAUCGUACUGAUCUGUGGCGAUUUCAAUCAACCGCGACUAGAAUGGACUGUCGACUCUGCCGUUAUUCCAGCUCAUCUCCCUGCAGCUAGUGCUACAUUGGUAGACGGCAUGGAUUUCUACAAUUUAUGCCAAACAAAUCUCCAGCGAAACCAUCUAGGGCGCAUACUCGACUUAGUGUUUUGUCCAUCUGAUUGCAGAGUAUCGACUGAACGCAGCGUUGUGCCACUGCUUCCUGUCGAUCUACACCAUCCGCCCCUCACUAUUACUUUGCCUGUCACUUGCAGUAGCGAUAUAGCUCGUGCACGUGUUGAGGUAGGAAAUAGAUCGCUAAAUUAUCGUAGGAUAGAUUUUGCUGCGCUGUCUGAUUAUUUAUUAAAUUUCGAUUGGGAGAGUCUGCUCACCUGCACCGAUAUUGACGAAUUGACUCACCGUUUUUGUGAUGUAAUUGUUCAGUGGUUACAUUCUAAUCUGCCUUUUGUGAAGCGCCCUAAUUCACCUGCUUGGGGAACUCUUUGGUUACGUGAAUUGAAACGGCUAAAGAAUAGCUCUCAGCGCAAAUAUCGCCGAUUGAAAACUGCGCUUACGAAGUCUGAUUUUAAACGUCAUAGUGAUGAAUAUCGUCGUUUGAAUCGCACACUGUACAGGUCAUAUGUGCUACGGGUGCAGACCGACCUUCGAAGGAAUCCGCGAAACUUUUGGAACUUCGUUAACACCAAAAGGAAAUGUUCUUCCGUACCUGUGAAUGUACGUUUCGACAAUGAUGAAUCAACAUCGGAAUCCGAGUCAUGUGAGCUGUUUGCAAAGUUCUUCGCUUCCGUUUUUGCUGAUGAAGCUGCCUCUGACUCCGAGGCUGAAUCAGCGGCAUCUGGUGUUCCCCCCGGUUUAGUCGACCUAAGUACCUUUACGAUUACGACCGAUAUGGUAUUGGCUGCAGCAAAAAAAUUGAAACGGUCAUAUUCGGCAGGUCCUGAUGGAAUUCCUGCUGUUGUUUUUAGUCGUUGUGCUACCACUCUUGCUGUUCCGUUAUGCCACAUUUUUAACAAGUCUUUUACGCAAGGAAAGUUUCCUGCAGUUUGGAAGCAGUCGCUGAUGUUUCCCGUUUCAAAAUACGGCGACCGGCAAAACGUUAAAAAUUAUCGUGGCAUCACUAGCCUUUCUGCUGGGUCUAAGGUAUUCGAGAUCAUAGUAAGCGGUUAUAUGCUCUCCUGCACUAAGCACUAUAUUUCAACCACUCAGCAUGGAUUUAUGCCGGGCCGCUCAGUUUGUACCAAUUUGUUGGAGUUCACUUCGUCUUGCAUCUCACAGAUGGAACAAAAGCUCAAGUUGAUGCGAUAUACACCGACCUCAAAGCGGCUUUCGAUCGUUUGGACCACUCAAUACUCCUGCGUAAAAUCUCACGCCUAG